AACGCGGCGCUGAAUUUGCACGCGGCAGUGCGCGAAUGGUCGGGACGAGACAACGAAAUCGUGGCCACGGCCAAGCGCAUGGCGGUGCUCAUGGCCAAGCUCUCCGACUUCAUGGACACGGACAAGAAACGUGAUUUGAUCGUAACUUCGAAGUCCAUCGUAACAGAAUCUCACGAGGUGGCGCGACUCGCACGGAAACUCGCGCUCGAAUGUACUGACAUGAGAAUUCGGACGAACUUGCUUCAAGUGUGCGAACGAAUUCCAACCAUCAGCGGUCAACUCAAGAUGCUGACCACCGUUAAAGGGUCGUCCUUUGGACAGCGAGGUUCUGAUGAAGAUAAGGAGGCCAUGAACAUGCUUGUAGGAAAUGCGCAGAACUUAAUGAUAAGUGUACAAGAAGUAGUAAAAGCCGCGGUAAGUGCAACCGUCAAGAUUUCAGCCUCGCAGCGGGGCAUUAGGAUGAAAUGGGUGCGCAAAAAUUAUUACUAAGACCUCAGUAAUUAAGUUGAUUAUUGAACGACUGUAUUGUGUAACACUUUCCAAAGUGCCAUACGUUCCAAAGUGCCUUAUAUUUGAUAGAUAAAUAAGAUAUAAUAAAGACAAACACGUUAUUCUUGAACCUCGAUAUAAUCUUUUGACAAUACGAGUCGAUACUACCUUAGCUCGAAUCAUUGACUUACAAUUAUAUGGACGUCGGGUCCGCGCUAAAAAGUGUCCGCACUUGUAAGGCACUAAAAUCGUAUACAGAGCGCCAAACUCC